AUGGAAUGUCCUGUUUUGCCUGAAGGUUUUCCAAAAGACAUACAUCGCCAAACACCAUUUCCCCAACAUAUUUUGUACAUUAUUAUCGGAACUUGCGUAGCUCUGGUUUUGAUGGCUGCCGGAAUGUCAUUUCGAAUUUAUCAAGUCAAACAAUUGAUAUAUGAAGAAAUGAAUAAGAGAAGAUUGCAAGAUGAGGAAAAUUCAGAUUUUUAA